AUGGCAGCAGAUGCUGGGAUAACCAGCCAGAAUGGCGAGAUGAGUACCGCCAAAGAGACUACAAUCUCAACUCCGUCUCUUGCAGAUGAGGCGAGGGACGAGUCGGUUCCAGAACGAAGCGAAGAGACGGUGAAAAGUGCUUCGAAUGACGAAAACGCCGAUUCAUCAAAAAUUGCAGAAGCCAAGCAAGAGGACAACAAGAAGGAUGGGUCCAAUAAAGACGACUCUAAGAAGGACGAGUCCAAGGAGAAUGAGCUAAAAAAGGAUGAGCCUAAGGACAAGAAGAAUGAAUCCGCCCCAGCGCAAACAGAGAAGCCCGCACCGGCUCCCGCACCCACCACCAUCGCAUCAACAAGCAAGAAAGAGAAGCCAAAGCCAAAACCCAUGCAGGCAUUUUCGCGCGUUAUCCCGAAAACGCGAGAAUGUUUCACUUGGGAUGAAUUCAAGAAUCAUCGAACCGAAGACCACAACUACGCCAUCGAGACACUUGUGGCUGGCGAUUCGCUGAAAGCAGAAAUCGAGGAGUCGGAACUUCUUUAUGAAGGUCUCGACGAUUUUCAGUUCAUGGGCGGGUGGGGAGGCGGCUUCCGAAGAGGUUUUGGUCGACGGAACCCUCAACACAAGACGGUCAUUGACGACGGAGACGAAGUUUGGCUUCAGCGAGUGCGAAUUAACUCUAGGGCUGUGAUGAUGUAUCUUGGACGCCAAAGUCCGGCAGGAAAGAAAUGGAAUGGGCGACCGCACAUCUUUCGUCGACCUUUCCGUUACCUGAUCCAUUUUCAUGACCAAAUGAAAGAGGCCCUAGCUGAGCUUGAAGAAUCGGCUUCAAGCGCUGACUCAAAGUCUGCCGACUCGGCGCAAGUCCAGGAUUCAAGUACAGAUAAGGGCAAAGAUAAAUCGGAUUCUGAUUCUCUCGGGAUAGAGUCUCUCUUCACCCAUUCCGAUACCUUGGCUGAGAUGAGACUAUAUAUCAAGUUCGUUGAUGAAAUGAUCAUUCCGGAAUAUCAGCGCUUCCAAGAUCCUGAUAUCAACACUGCACCUACAAAGAUCAGAUGGGACCUCCUAUGGUAUCUCUUCAAACCUGGAGACCUAGUCUAUGUACCCAAUCUCAAUAGCGGUGUCCGAGCUCGAGUCCCCAUGGGUUGGGACGGCGUGUUUCAACGCCUCCAAGCUGGAUUCGGCGACGGUGGAAUGGACUCAGGGCCAUCGACCAACCACAAUACCAGAGGAUCUCAUACUGACCAGAUGGUAUGGAGGAUAUAUCGAGCUCCCUUCAAGCAGUCGGUCAUUGAUGGCUGCAACUGUGAAUCUUGCCUCAAGAUGGACUCAACCUGGUCAAUAUCGUGCUACCACAUUGACUAUGAUGGUCAGAAUUACAGUGCAGUAGGAAGAACUAUCGAGAUUCCCUCAUUCGAAGGGGAGCGUGAGAUCACACAGCUGCCCUGUUACCCUAUGAGAUACGUCAAACAGCGAGAUGAGAUAAUGGAGAGAGGCCGACAAUACGGCAGCAAAUUUAUCGAACAUAUUGAUCCUGCAAAGAGAUACAGCUUCUACCGCGGUUGGACACUCAUUAAAACACCUCUCGGCCAGCCUAUCGAAGACAAAAAUGGAAGAGUCAUGACUAGUCCUGAACAUAUCGAAAGUGAGAUUCUCGUCGACUUCGAAGAGGCCUUCAAUACAGAUCCAUCCUGGAAGCCCGACAUCCUGGCAGUCGACGCGCUGACCUACAGGGUUGUCAUAUCAGUUGACAAUGAGAGCCCGCUGCAAGAGUGGCAUGAUGAGAAGCGCACCAACCUCAAGGAUGCCUGGGAGGACAAAGUGAUUACCGAAGACGGCGUCGACAUAAUCCAGAUGAAUGACUUUAUCGAAACGGAUUUGCUGCUAAGGAAAAAGAAAGACAACGAAAAUGAGCUUGAGAUUGGAGAACUUGAAGGCGACAACCUUGCUCUACUGCCUAGACGACUCUUUGCGUAUGCCCUUUGGGAGCGCAGAUUCGUACAGGUUGACAUUCGAGACGUUUCGUUCCCCGAGCUCAAAGACAAGGACAGAGCCUUUGAUAGCCUCCAGAUCCCCGACGAACACAAGACUUUGAUGCAAUCGCUAGUUUACUCUCAUUUCAAAAAGAGAGUCACCGAAGGCACUGUUGAGAUUGCAACCCAGGAUCUCAUUCGCGGAAAAGGCAAAGGAAUCGUAAUUCUGCUCUUUGGUGUGCCCGGUGUUGGUAAAACAGCUACUGCUGAAUCUAUAGCCCAGAAGUUCGAGAAGCCUUUGUUUCCAAUCACUUGCGGAGAUCUUGGCUUCACGCCUGAGAGCGUGGAAAGAUCUUUGAGUGAGAUAUUUCGUCUGGCUCAUCUGUGGGACUGCGUCCUCCUCCUAGACGAAGCGGACGUCUUUAUCACACAGAGAGACAGGAAGGAUUUGGAAAGAAAUGCUCUGGUGUCUGUGUUUUUGCGGAUGCUCGAAUAUUACAACGGCAUUCUGUUCCUUACCACAAACAGACCUGGCGUUCUUGAUGAAGCAGUCAAAUCUCGAGUACAUUUGAAUCUUCACUACAAUUUCCUCACUGAGGACCAGGUGGUUGCCAUUUUCAAACUCAACAUUCUGCGACUUAAAGAAAUCGAAGACCAGGCUGCUAAGGCUCCCGGACACACCAAACUUUUCAUCGAUGAGACCGAUAUCAUUAAUUUUGCCAGUGAACACUGGAGAAACCACACAGAUGGUAUUGGGCGAUGGAAUGGGCGACAGAUUCGUAAUGCUUUCCUCAUCGCCGCAUCAUUGGCGCAUUAUGAGGGUGACAUGGGGAAGAGACCAGAGGGCCUACAGAAACAACUCACUUCAAAACACUUCAAGAAGGUGGAAGAAACUACCAGACGGUAUGAUGAAUAUCGAGUCGCUUGUCUUGGAGACACCGACAGCUACCUUGCUCACGAUCGGUAUGAGAGAGAUGAUGAGUGGCAUCCUCAUGCACGAGGCGCUCCCAAUGCCUAUAUGGCUAAUGUCCAGCCUCAAGGCCCUGGCUUUUUGCCUCGGGCUGGGAGUUACCCGUGGCAGAGACCUGUACAAGCGCCCGUAAACAUGAAUCCAAGCUCGGUGCAAAGACAAGGAGCUGGAGGAUGGUCGAAUAACACGGAAGCGCGUCCCCCUCCUGCCCCUGCCUCUGGAUAUCAACCACCUAUGCAACCAUCUCACGGACAGCCCCCGCAGCAACAAUUCUCACAACAGCCGGGACAUAUGCCAGGCAAAGGGCCCGGAAGUUCAAAUAGCCCGAAUUACAUUACUCAAGGUCCCUACCCUUCUCCUCCAGUAGGGCAUAAUGAGUCACAGGGCUACGAUAUGGGAGGCAAUUCACAGAUGAAGCCUAGAGGAGAGCCGAGGAUGGAUGAAUGGAAUGGCGGCGGCCAGCAGCAGCAGCAUUGGCAGCAGAAUCAGAAUGGGUUCAAUUCAUAUUAA